UUAGUGCACCAGAACAACAACAACCAUAGACUACACUAACUACCUAAUAUCUAUCUUUAAAUGGAACUAUGGAAGCAAGAUUUAGAAGAUACGAUGAAGUUAUUCUAGAGAAAUUAAGAAUAAUUCACAUAGAUGACGAGAAAGUAGUGGGAGUGUUGAACAGUGUGGCAGAGCUGAAGGACCUAAGAGAUCAUCUUUUUCAAUAUAAUUUCUGGUUCUCAACUCGUAAUGUUGAGAAACACUAUGAUAAAAAAGACAGCAUCCAUUGGGUUCUUCCCAAGCUUCAGGGUGCACCUCCUCAGGGUGUGUGCCUCAAUGACUAUGCACCCUUUGUUAUAAACAAAGUGGUUAAUAAAGACUGUCGUCGAGGAAGAGCUUAUUGGAAGAGAAAAAAUGAAAACAAGAUAAAAGAGGAAAUAGUCGACAAUCCUGACCCAAUGGAACCACCGAAGAAGAAGAGGAAACCCUACCGCACCAUUAAGAGUGACUGCCCUGCAAAGAUGAGCAUUAGAACUAUCAAGGCAUAUCCAGAUUUUGCUGUAGCAGCAGAAACAAGUAAGAAGAUCAAAGGAAAAUUUGCCAGAAUGUUAAAACAAGCAAUUAUAAAUGGUGAGGUAGAGGGAGAGGAGCGAUAUGUGGUUGCCAUUAGUCGAGCAGGACACCAUCAGAAUCAUCAAAAUGAAAUGUCUGAAGAGAGAGUACUUCCAGUGCAUCCUGACAUAGUGGAAUACAUCACCAAACUAGUGACUCAAGACGAUAUCACAUCCCCAAAAGCAAUAAAAUCUUUAGUGACUCAGUUUUCUCGUGAAAACUUCAGGAUUGGUGAAACCUCGAAUGGGGACAGGUGCUUCUUUCCUAUUUUGAAAGAUAUAAGAACAAUCCUAAGACGCAUUAUAUGUAAUAUGCAAACAAGUAAGUUCUGUCAGGUCACACUGGAAGAAGAUGCUAAAGUGUUGACCCAUGAACGUGAACCUGAACAAAAAAUUUUUGUUAGUAGUGAAACCAGAAGAAUUAUAGACGAUAAUGUUGAUAAUCGGGCAGAUGAAAAGCACUUUUUUGGUAUGUCAGAUGGCUAUCUUACUUUACACUUUAUCCAGGAGACGUCAGAUGAAGGGAAUGUUGCAACACAUAUUAUUUCUGCACAAGAUAUUAAGGCUGAAUUGGAAAAUGUCACAGAAAUUCAGACUCUUCCUGACUUGUCCGAAGACAUUGAUUCUGUGAGUACUGACCGUUUCAAACUGUUAACAGCACUUGAACAAGCAGUACAACAGGUGACUGAGGUCAAUAAUCCACAAGCCUUAAAAGAGGCAUUGAGAUGUGUAGAACAAGCGUCAGUGGUCUUAGAGUCUUCAUUGAACAAACAAUAAUUAUACCUCUUUUUAACUAUACAACUGUACUGGUGCUUCAGUACUCUGUUGUAUUUCUUUUAUAUUACAAAACCAACGAAAUGUAGAUUUAAUAAUAACUACCUGUAUAUGAGUUAGAACUAAUGUGUAUAGAAAAUACUUCUUUGAUAUCAAAAUUACCACAUAACUACCCUGUUAUAACUGUUAACUUAAAAUUAAUUGAAAAAAAAAGAUACAAAUUUGUUUACAUAAUAAUAUGGAAUGUCAAACAGUCAAUAAUAGGUUAUCAAUAUGGUCAGUAUCUCCCACACAGAACCUUUCAUGUUGUUCUACUAUGAUGUACCCAAACUAAAUUUUAGUAGCUGUGACUGAGUUGAAGCUUGAUAUGUGUGAAGCAAGCUAAGAAAUUAAAUGAGCUGUCUGUCUAGGUAUCAAUUGUGCUUUAUUCACAUCUAUAGUGGGACAUGUGAUUGGCCAGAGUUGUCAAAAAAUAGAGUACGGUACAGUAAUUAUGUGGUGUGUACUUAUAACUUUAAAGAAUAUUUUGUAGGAUCACUGUAGUGGAACAACGUGUGCCACCACUGCUUCUUCAAGAUAAGUUCAUUCAUGAGAGUUAGGCAUUGUUGCUGGCCUCACUCUUUGUGUUAUGUAUUCUGUUCUUCACCCUGGUUGUCUUAGAACUUGGAACUCAGAUUUGCUCAUUCCUUCCUUUCUUGUUUGGAAACACCAAAUUUAGUGCUUACUCUGGUAUCAUGCUCAUUUUCUAUUACACUAAGAAUGAGUAAGUGUAUGGAAAAGUUCUUUUAACGUUUUGCCUGUUACACAUGAUAGAAAAGGUAAGUGUUUUCCUGCAGACCUAGAUAUUGUGUAUCGAGCAAUCAUGUUAUGUCUAUAUUUCAGUGUCGUGUAUGCUAGCAAAUAUGUACAGUACGACUGUACAUGAUUUGUAUAUUUGCUAAAAUUACAUUUUAAGAGUAUGGGAUUUUCUUUAAUAAAAAAGGGGAACACCCUGUAAACCUAUAAAGGAGUGUAAGUAUAUCUAUCAUUCAGUAUUUAUGUACUUAUAGUUUGAAGAUUUUUAAUUUAUGUUAAAUACUGUGUUUUGUCUUGUUCUUUCCUGCAUUUGACUAAUGGUGACAAUCCCUAUGUUGUCAAAGAAAUUAACCAUUUUUUAGUACUACAGGCAUUCCCCAAUUUAUGAAAGGGUUCCUUUCUUGAAAAAACUUUCGUGAAUCAAUCUUUAGUAAAUCAGACUACGAUACAAUUUUCCAUAGAUUCGCAUUAUAAAAACAGAGAUACUGUACAUUCUUUUGGCAAAAAAUCCCAAAAUGUCUUAAGAUGCUACAAAACGUUAAUGAAAAAAAUUGGUGUACACAAUGAUUAAACCCAAUAACAAAUAAAAUAACUGAAUUACAUGCAGUGAUGAACACAAAGACUUCUGAGACACUGCACCACUCCUUGUGGUACAGUGCAUGACUAUGAGGCCCAGCCAAGACAUAUACAGUAGUUUUAAUUUGAGUGGUUGUGCACCAACACUAAGUCUGUUGCAUUUUUCAUGCAGUACUACAGGCAAUAUGCAUUUUGAGAUGUUUUGCUUUCACUAGAUUGAUUUUUGAUGAGGUUUUAGCUGAUGAUGAAAUGAUAAACUUAGCCAUUUAACAUGUUACACUUUCCACGAACAUCAGAUCAAAUUCCAGGAUACUAAACACAUUAGUAUUCCUGCAGUUGAAAUGUCUUGUAUCAGUUUUUUGCCACGGUUUCAUGUAGUGACCAGCAAUAUUAUGAGCCAUGAUAACUAUAACAUUAAUGUAUUUUAUUUUUUAGCUUAGUUAACCACUAUUAACCCCUUCUUUCUGAAUGGGGUUCCCUGUUAGCUGAAUAAAAAAGUCUGGCAUCAGCCAUAUAAAAUGUAAAAGUGGCAUCCCCAUGAAGGGGUUAAUACAGUACAGUACAAAACUAUACAUCAUUUUUAGUUUGUCAGCACCUUAUUAUCUACCGAUGCUGUAAAGAUUUAUGAAAAAGAAAAUCGUAACUUUGAAUUUUUCAUAUAUAAAUCAGAUUUUUUUUCUUUACUGUACCUCAGAUUUUUGUAAACCAGAUCUUCAUAAAUUGGUAACUGCUAGUACUAGAUUUUAACAUGUGUUUUUUUGUUUUUUUUAGAAAUUUAUGGUUAUUAUAAUGUUUGUUGUUUUUUGAAUGAGAAAUGGUAUAUGCAAUAUGUAGAUCUUGUUCUGUCGGAAGAACAUCAUGAAUGUAGGAUGAAAGACUUUAAAGCUUCCAUGACAAGUGAUGUAGCUCACUGAUGUUCAACUAUUGUUAUCAGCACAUUCACCACCACAUCUGUUACAGCAGUAAAACAGAAUGAUUGACAGCACAUGAAGGUAGAGUCUGUGUUUGCUCUUGGUUCUAACCAUCCUGCAAUAAAGAAGUAAAAGGCUUGCAGGAGUAAAAAAAAUAUAUCCACCGCAUGCUAGAGUAUUUUAUUACCACAGGACCGUAGAAUGACAAUCCAACGAUCUUUGAAACUGAGGUGCUAGUAAGUGUAUAGGAGAGAAAUGUUGUUAUUGUGUAUUUCUAUGCUUCAACUCGGUAGGUACUCUAGGAGGUCCAUACACUAGACAACAGAUAUAAAAAAAUGGAAAGAAGUUUUUCCUUUUGAAGUGACACUCAAUGUAUGUAGUUGUAAGAUAAAAUACAGUAAUUGAAUCUC